AACAUUAACGUUUCUCUUUUAGUCCCUUUUUUUUUGUUAAUCGUUUUCAUAAUAUUCUGCUAAUUAAAUUUCGAUUGGGGGUACCAAUCAAAAAGCAAACACCGCCUUUCAGGUCACUGGGACAGACAAUAAAAAAACCUUUUUCGUUUAUGUUCCAUGUCUGAAAUUAAAACAUUUUCAAGUCUCGUGUAUUUCAGAUUCUCCAUCUUAGUUCUUGUAACCUCUCCCUCUUCUUCUCCAAAUUCCACCUGAGAGAAGAGAACUUAUUCCACCCAAAAAGCAAUAAUAUAUAGUACCGUACUUUGAUUUUUUCGAUAAUCUGUUGAUUGAAGUUAAGCCAAAACUCAGCUCUGUUCUUAUUCUUCUUCAAACCCAAGUUUCCCACUUCACUGAUUCUUUCAUCUUAGCUCGUUUUAACCACAAAGUUCAGUUCUUUUUUGGUGUGUUUCUUUUUCGUUAUUGGCUUUUGCCUUUUUUGGGUAUAGGGUGUUUACGAUUUAUCUCUCGGUUCCGAUGUUGUUCAAAGGUGUUUUUGCUGUCUUUUUCGUAAUCACUUUGUUGUACGCAAGUUUGUUAAUUGAAGUUGAAGGGAUUGGUGUGAACUGGGGCUCACAGGCGAGGCAUCCCCUACCUCCGGCUACGGUGGUGAGGCUUCUCCGAGAAAACGGUAUCCAAAAGGUGAAACUUUUCGAGGCCGACUCUGCGAUUCUCAAAGCUUUAAGUCGGACAGGGAUUCAAGUUAUGGUCGGAAUCCCUAACGACUUGCUUGCUCCUUUAGCCGGUAGCGUUGCAGCCGCUGAGAGAUGGGUCUCUCAGAAUGUAUCUGCUCAUGUCUCCUCUAAUGGCGUCGAUAUCAGGUAUGUGGCAGUUGGGAAUGAGCCUUUUCUAAAAGCAUUCAAUGGAACAUUUGAGGGUAUAACUCUACCUGCUCUUCAGAAUAUACAAUCAGCUAUCAUCAAAGCUGGUUUAGCGACUCAGGUGAAAGUCACAGUGCCUCUUAACGCAGAUGUGUACCAAAGUGCGUCUAAUCUCCCUUCGGAUGGAGAUUUCAGGCCUGAAAUCCGUGAUCUCAUGUUGAACAUUGUUAAGUUUCUGAGUGAUAACGGAGCACCAUUCACUAUCAACAUUUACCCUUUCAUCAGUCUCUACAACGACCCGAAUUUCCCUGUGGAGUUUGCUUUCUUUGAUGGAACUGGUACUCCGAUAAACGACAAUGGAAGAAUCUACGACAAUGUUCUUGAUGCAAACUACGAUACACUUGUGUGGUCGUUGCAGAAGAAUGGGUUUGGGAAUUUGACUAUUAUUGUUGGGGAAGUUGGGUGGCCAACAGAUGGAGAUAAGAACGCAAACUUGAUGUAUGCCAGGCGGUAUAAUCAAGGUUUUAUGAACCGUCAAAAGGCUAAUAAAGGAACACCUAUGAGACCUGGGGCAAUGGAUGCUUACUUGUUUGGUCUUAUCGAUGAAGAUGCCAAAAGCAUUCAGCCUGGAAACUUUGAAAGACACUGGGGGAUAUUUUAUAUUGAUGGACAGCCUAAGUAUCAGCUCAGUCUUGGCAGUGGUAACGGGCUGAUCCCUGCAAAGGAUGUUCAUUAUUUGGCUAAGAAAUGGUGUAUUCUUGCGCCAAAUGCUAAUCUUCAGGAUCCUCAGUUGGGACCAAGCGUGAGCUACGCUUGUGAUCAUGCUGAUUGCACCAGUCUUGGUUAUGGCUCCUCUUGUGGUAACCUGAAUCUAGCACAGAAUGUUUCGUAUGCGUUCAAUAGCUAUUACCAGGUAAGUAAUCAGCUCGACAGUGCGUGUAAGUUCCCGGGUCUCUCUAUAGUCAGUACUAGGGAUCCUUCUGUUGGGAGUUGCAAAUUCAAGAUAAUGAUCAAGUCAGAAGAUGCUAGUGAAGCAAGUGCCAUGAUGCCUAUAACACGAUCAACGGCAGUGCUGCUACUUCUCUCCAUCUGUCUGUAUAUUGUUCUGUGAAUACUGAAGAAAAUUUGAUGGGUUUGAUUAUUUCUUUUUUUCCUUUUUUCUUUUGCAAAACUUUUGGUGUUUAUGGAGAAACAGAAACUACAGUGAGAUUUAUGUAUUACUUGGUUUGAUCUCUUAUUUCUCGAGAGCAGUUUGGUGUUCACUGUCUCUCUUAUACCUCUCUUGUUAGUAAUCAGAAAAUGAUAAAAAUCUCA